AUGGAUUCUCGUCCAGUUGGCAUCUUUGACGAGGCCAAACGUCAUCGAACAAACGCAUUUUGGAAUUUCGCAUUCCUUCUGGCGAUUCUCACGUUCAUUGGUUUUGGGAUUUUUGCAAGUUUUUCCAAUGGUCCAGCUGGAAUCCUCAUGGAUGGCAACCAAACUUUUGUCGCAUACAAAGGGAGUCAUUGUGGCUUUGACAGUGAUGUUUUGGACAAAAAACUCCAAAUCGACAUCGAUGAACGGAAAUGCAAUCGUCAUAAUCCAAUUGCGAAAAUUCUUCAUUGCCAACGUCCUUGGAUUUGCGUUAAAACUUGUCCUACUGGAAGCUUUGAUGUGAGAAAUUGUACCAAAGAAAAUUUUAAAGAGGUCAAGGAACGUUUGGUGUGUCAAGAUGAAAAAGUGAAAGACAACGUGAAAAAUUGUGAAGAAGCUCAAGAAGCUGUAGAUGAUAAGAAAUGCGUUGGAUUUUACAAUAACACGGAAGAUUUUUUCGGUUCCUGUGCCUCAGAUAAAUCCUUGCAUGGAUAUGAAAAUGAACCAAAUUUCGGUCAAAUGAUAUUGUAUCUCCUGCCAAGUUUCAUCUAUGCUAUUGGAGUUGCUGGAGUAAUCAGUCUUUUCUUUGCCUUGACCCUUCGAUGGUCCGCAGCAUUCGUUUUUUGGGGAUUCGUAGUGUUGAUUAUCCUUGGAUGCAUUGGUUCGUUGGUUGGGAUUGUGGUUUUGCAGUUGUAUGAUGCUGAAAAUCAGAAAAAUUUGUACGGAUUGGAAACGGAGGAAACAAAGAGUGCAAUUUACUUCGAAGUUGGCGUCGUGAGCGUCCUAUUGCUGAUUGUCAUGAUUUUCCUGUGUUGUUUCCGCCAAAAAAUCCGUUGUGGCAUCGAAAUCGUCAAGGAAAGUAGUCGCUGUGUAUGUGCCUCUGUCGGAAGUAUCUUCUUCCCAAUUUUUCCGUUCCUCCUUCGAGCUGGAGUUCUCAUCGCAACUGGUUACAUUGUGCUCAUGAUGCACACAAUGCGCUCUAAUCAGUACAAAAUCCAUGGAGAAAUUGACGAAAAUUGCUUCUGUAUCCGCAAAAAUUACACAAAUGGCGAUUCUUGCACUCCCGAAGUCUUCAACAGCGAAUGUCGUACUGUCGAUAAUAAUUUUUGCACCUCCGUCGUGUGUAAAUUAUCCGAGCAAACCGUUCCAAAGUUCGCCAAACCCUUGAUUACCGUGACUUUGAUGAUUUCCACUUGGAUCGUCGCUUUCAUCCAAGCAAACGCUAAAAUGAUCCUCGCUUAUGUCUAUGGAAACUGGUAUUGGAAUUGGAAUCGUCAAUACAUCCCAAGAGGCGCCGUCGUCACUGGCAUGAAAAAAAUCCUCGGAAAUCACACAGGAACUGCUGCCUUUGGGGGUUUCAUUGUCAUGAUUUGUCGCGUCUUCAAGAAAAUGUUGUACCGUCAAAACAACUCAAACGGACCCUUUAAAGCUGUCAUCGGGCGAAUAAUCUUCAUGAUUCUUGCUUGUUGCGCGCGUUCCAUCAUCGAACUCGUCGAAUUUGUCUCGGACAAGGCUUUUGUCGUCGUCGCCAUCACCGGAAAUGGAUUUUGGGAAUCCGUCAAAGGCGUUUCGAAGUUAAUGACGAAGGACAUUCCGCUCGUUGUGGCUACCGAAUACGUUGGCGACAUCAUUUUGUUCGUUUGCAAAUUCAUGGCGGCAGUUGUAGCGGCAGCAUUGUUCGUUUUUACGUGCCCGUUGCGAGAAGAACGAAUGUUUUUGACCAUUUUUGCGGCAGUUUUGAUCUUUUUCUUCGCUUUUGACCUUGCAGCGGUACUUUUGACGGCAUAUAAUGUCGCUAUUGAUACCUUGCUGAUCUGUACAAUUCAGGAUUACACGCAUUGUGGCACCGAAAAAGCUUAUUUCGAGUCGGAAACGUUGAAUCAGCUGCUCCUGAAGAAGGAAGUUGCAAGUGUUUGA